AUGGAUGACGAAUAUAUUGUGGAAAACAUUAUAAAACGUCGUUUUAAGAAUGGCAAAGUUCAAUAUUAUCUCAAGUGGUUUGGCUAUCCACCAAGUGAAAAUACAUGGGAGCCCGAAGAACAUUUGAAUUGUCCAGACUUGUUGAAUGAUUUUAUCAAGUCGAAAGCCAGCAAGAUUUUGUCUGCCAAAAUGUCGAAUGAAGGUAUUCAAUACUUGAUGUUGUGGAAUGACAAUUGGGCACAAGCCACAAUUGCUUCCGAUGAAGCCAAACAACACUGGCCUGAACUGACAAUGUCUUUUUUGGAAAAUCACUUGGAAUUUCGAACCGGCGCUCCACAAAACAAUCAACUGUUUGCGGAAACAAGUACAUCAGAACAACCGUUGAAAAUUCACUAUGUUACUGAUAUAAGUGGCUUGAAGUACUGGGUGGAAUUCCCAAACAAUCAAUUCAAAUUUGUUGACUCUGAUGAAGUGAAACAGAUCUGUCCACAGCUCGCGGUCGACUAUCUAGAGGCACAUUUGCAGCUCGACGAUUAG